CACUGCUGGCUCAUGUCCAGCUUCUCGGCUACCAGGACCCUCAAGUCCUUCUCCACAGGGCUGCUCUCAAGGGGUUCUUUGCCCAGUCCGUAUAAACACCUGGGAUUACCCUGGCCCAAGAGCAACACCCUGCACUUGUCCUUGUUGAACCUCAGUAGAUUCACACGGGCCCACUUCUCCAGCCUGUCCAGGUCCCUCUGGAUGGCUUCCCUUCCCUCCAACGUAUCGACUGCACCGCUCAGCUUGCUGUCACCCACAAAUUUGCUGAGGGUGCACUCGAUGCCAUCGAGUUUAUUUAUUAUGCGCCGUUUAUUUAAAAAAAAAUGUAUUAAAGAGUGAAUUACUAUAGUAACUGUAUUUUUAUUUAAGAGACUGUUGGCUAUCUUGCUCCACUGUGCAGAUACAGAAGCAGUGCCAAACAGUGAUACAGCUGUUGCAGUAAAAUGAAAGGUCACUCUGCAGGUGAUCUCCAGACAUACCUUCAAAACUGAGCCACUCUGUAUAUCCGAUGAAUAUAUUCUUAGUUUAUAAUAAUGCCUUUCUUGUGGCAAUAUUAAUGCUUGGUAGGAAACUAACCACAUACACCGUCAAACCUUACACAGCCAAACUCUUUCAGUCAGUUUCCUAUCACUCAUCUCUGUAUCAAUGCUGUAUCCUUCUGUUUGUUAUUUUCAUUUGUUUACUAGCAGACAAAAUGUGUUUGAUUGUUAUGAAUUACUGAAUUUAAAAUGAGAUGAAAAGAGUGUCCAAUGUGAAUAAAAUAGAAAAAAUAGCAUAGCUCCAUAAAUAUCGAAGAUCUAAAAAUAGAAAUAAAAAAUUUUAUCUCGGUAAGAAAUCAAUAAAAAGAAAAUAAAAAAAAAAUAUGAUAGCACCAGACGAUGUAAAGCAAUUCAAGGAAAUUCUAAGAUCGUUACAUCACAGAGUAAUAGAAUAUUGUUGCCGGCAGGUCGAAGGAGGCAAACCUUCCUGCCCGCUCCAUGGCCAGCAGCAGGCACCUCACUGCACUGCCUGCAACAGCCGCCAUCUUGCUUGGGUGCCGAGGGCCCACGCCCUCACCCCUCUGUGUGGUAGUGACUACCUCACAGAGCGUGUCGCAAAGCGGCCAUUGUGACAUAAGCAGCCAGGAGCAGGUUAGGCCAGGCCAAGCUCAGACCGUGGGUCAGUGCGACCUGGUGAGGUGAGGAGAGAGGGCAGGGAGCCAGGGGCUGCCUGGGGCUGCUCAGUGAGGAGGGGUCCCCACGCCCUGGGGGCCUGAGCUGCUAACUCAACUCUCGUCCUGCUUCUCCCUCAGAGUCGGCAGAGGAGAGUGUGCAGGAGAAAGCCCAGCGCUGACUGGGCAGGGACUCCAAGCGCUCAGCGUCGACGUGUACCAUGUCCAAAAGGAAGGAGAAGACCUCCCACUCGGAGGAGCAAGUAUGCAUGCUGUGUCGCCGAGCAGACGUUCACCCGGACAUCUGCGGGCCCACCCUCAGCGAGAGCGGGCUUUGCGUCCACAAGUUUUGCUUGUUUUUUGCCAACGGCCUGUAUGAACACACUGCCCUCCAGAGGGCAGUUCUCAAGUUCCCCCUUGAUGCCAUCAGAUGCACAAUCGAGGAGGCAGAGCAGAAGCACUGCUUCGUUUGUGGAGAGAAGGGGGCCUCCAUCUGCUGCGCAGAGACAGGCUGUGAGCGUAGCUUUCAUCUGCCCUGUGCCACGGAUGGCGAAUGCGUCACGCACUUCUUUGGGAGGCACAGGUCCUUCUGCUGUGAGCACCGCCCUCAGCAGAUAGUGGAGGCAGAUCCAGAGCCUGACACAGCCUGCAUCAUCUGCCUGGAGCCCGUGGGGGACAAAAAGUCCUACCACACCAUGGUGUGCCCAGUGUGCAUACAGGCCUGGUUCCACCGGAGCUGCAUCCAGGUAGGAGCCCUCCCCUUGCUCUGCAGUCACCGCAGGUGCUCAGCGGCACCAGGCCCCGCUCACACUCUGGCUGCUUGUGUGUUACUGCCGCAGGGACAGGCCAUGAGCGCUGGCAUUCUGCGCUUCCAAUGUCCCGUCUGCAGAGACAGGAUGCAGUUCCGGACGCAAAUGCACAUCCUCGGGAUCCAAAUCCCAGCCAGAAGACCAACAUGGGAGGACAAGGAGUCCUAUGAAAAGCUGUAUGAGAUGCACGGGCUCUGUGAUGUCAGCGAGUGCCUGUACACAGAAGGCAGGGAGCAAGCAGAGGAAGAGGGGCCCUGGGAGCUGCUCGUUUGCACCUCUUGUGCUGUGCAAGGCACCCACCGGCACUGCUCCUCCUUGAGCGAGAGCAUAACAAGCUGGGAGUGUGACAUCUGUGCUGGCGUGGGCACAGGUAAGAGGCAAACAGCCGUGUACUGCUGGCUUGGGGCCAGGCAAGGCCUGGCAGCGGGUCCUCAGAGCGGCUUUGCCAGAGUUCCUCUGCCCCUGGACGGAUGGGAACCUCGCCCACCAUGGGGCUGCCGGGUCAUCCGGCUGACCUUCCUGCCUCUCCUUACAGCCUCCAGUGACGAGCCGCAGCUUGCUGGUCCCAGCACUGCCAGCCAGGAGGCAGAGGGGCCAUCUCCUAGCUCCCCAGAACCUGGCAACCACAGAUCCGACUCCACCAGCAAGGCAGCAUCGGAGUCACCCUGUGGUUCUCAGCUGCCUAAGCGCAGCAGCCUGUCCAGCCAGCCCAGGACAGGACAGAGCAAGAGCCGCGGACAUACAUCUAAGCAGCACCAAGGACACCAAGGGAGCAGCCCUACACCAGCUCCAGGUGCUGAGAGCAGCCCCCGCGGAUCCACCAGCAAGCGGGAAGUGGGGUCCUCCAGAAAUUGCCCAGCGGCUGAACGCAGAAGGCAAUCUGGGCAGCAGGGACACAGGCCGGACAAGAAGCCGCUCUCCGCUGAAGGAUCGUGCCUCCAAUUCCCCGAGCCAGCUCAGAAGAAAUCCUGGCAGCAGACGUAG